UUCAACCUGAUGUAAUGGAGCAGAUAUGGGUCCUUGGAUUGCUUUUCUUUUGCAGUAUUUUCUCCGCAGAUUCACUUGAGAGUUAUCCGAAAGACUGCUCUGUAAUUUUAAAGGAUAAUCCGAGUGCCCCUUCAGGGCAGUAUGUUAUUCAGCCUGGUGAUUCACCAGCUCUGGUGGUAAACUGUGAAAUGAGGAGUGAUGCAGGCUGGACAGUGAUUCAGAGGAACAGCAAGGGAAGCCCUAUCACAUGGAGUGAGAGCUGGACUACUUAUCAGUAUGGUUUUGGUGACAUCUUGGGAGACCAUUGGAUUGGCUUAGAAUAUAUUCAUCUGCUCACUGACCAGAGAUCAUACAAACUACGAAUUGAAUUCUAUGAUUCCAGUAACAUCCUGAAGUAUGCUGAGUAUGACAGUUUUUAUGUGGAGUCAGUAUCUGAUAUGUAUCGAAUCAGACUUGGUUCAUAUGAAGGCACUGCUGGUGACCAGAUGACAAAGGCAGAGACAAACCUCCUGCUUGAUAACACCCGCUUCACUACAAAGGACAAAGACAAUGACAGAGGGAAUGGCAACUGUGCUAGCAAUCGUGGAGGUGGAUGGUGGUAUGGGUGCUGUGCCGAUGGCUAUCUAAAUGUUGAGGAACCAUUUUGGAAGAACUUAAAUGUUGCCCGUGUUCUCAUGAUGAUUCUCCCUGUCAAAUGCUAAAAGACAUUUAACAGAUGCUUUUGUACUGCUCUAUUCUUUGCCAUGU